GCCAGCUGGUCGGGCUGGCGUGUGAGGCAGACAAGAGUGAGGUCCUGGAGGUAUCAGCACGCAGCUUGGGCAGGUGCUGUGCGCAGCACGGAGCGGCCUGGCACGACGCGCUUCAGAGCUGCGGGAUGCCGCGUGGGCUGAAGGAGGUCGUGGAG